AUGCCCGACACAGAUAGCAGGCGUCCUGCUCCGGGCCCGUAUGAUCCCCCGACGACCACAACGACACGUAGGGAGCGUCUGAUGCGCAUUGGGAGCACUAGUGCUGUCCCCCAGCUGCGCGCUGACGGCGUUGUCCCCGAUUUCACAGAUGCCGCCCACGACGAGCAGACGGCACUCCACUGUGAGCAGAACAAGCCUACAUCGUACGGGACGCUGCCCCCCUCACCGGUUCGCCGGCUAUGGAACAAACCUACCUUGAACUUUCGCUCCCGAAGACAGCUCCCGAAUAAGAAUAUCCCUCGCCUUGAUUUGAGCAGACGCUCCGCUUCGGCCUCCGCCUCUCAUACGCCGUCGCACUCGCCCAGCGCGUCCAUUCGCAACUUUACCAUCUCUCGGUUGACGCUUCAGAGACCCAUCUCUGCUUACGAUGCCCAACUACAGGAUCCCAAACGCAGCCCUGCGGACGAAGGCGCGGAGCUAGACGCCAAAAUCAAUGGUAUUCGAGUAUGGUACUCCUCGUUCACAUCCAUUGAUUGGCUCCACGACGCUAUCAAGGACUCGGUUCGCUUUGCACGUCUCAGGCGUAGACGUGGCUCCGUCCGGUCCCGAAUUCGCUUGAUCUUCGACAAAAGUGUCGGAUGGAUCAUCGUAACCAUUGUAGGGUUUCUGACAGCCAUAGUUGCCUUCUUGGUCGUGCGCAGCGAGCAAUGGCUAUUCGACAUCAAAGAAGGCUAUUGUACAGAUUCAUGGACCAAAGCGAAGCGUUUCUGCUGCCCAGGGACAGACAACGUGUUCCACUUGCAGCCAGAGGAGGAUUGCCCCAGUUGGAGAACCUGGUCUGAUGCAUUGGGUCAACACGGAAGUGACGAUGAUGCAGGUGUUGAAUUCGUCCAAUACCUUGUCUAUGCAUUUGUUGCUCUCCUCCUCGCAAUCACCUCGUCCUUGCUGACGAUCUAUCUCACAAAGUCUACUACCUUCGUAACGCGCAAAGAAUCUGGGGUUCUGGCUCCGCAAUUUGCUGAGGACAAGUCUUCCGCGUCUCCCAACGUUCCUGCCAUCAAACGCAAAGUCCUUUAUUAUGCUGCCGGUAGUGGUAUUCCUGAGAUCAAGACGAUCCUUUCUGGCUUUGUGAUCCAUGGCUACCUUGGAGGUCGUACACUGUUUACCAAGUCAGUAGGCUUAGCCCUGUCAGUUGCUUCAGGCCUAUCCCUUGGCAAAGAAGGCCCAUUCGUCCACAUUGCGAGCUGUAUUGGAAAUAUCGUCAGCCGCUUUCACAGCAAAUAUGAGAAUAACGAAGCUAAACGUCGAGAGAUCUUGAGCGCAGCGUGUGCAGCUGGCGUGGCAGUAGCCUUCGGUGCCCCAAUUGGAGGCACAUUGUUCAGUUUAGAGGAAGUUUCUUACUACUUUCCUCCCAAGGUCAUGUGGAGAAGUUUCUUCUGUGCGAUGAUUGCAGCCAUCACUCUCAAAAUGCUUGACCCAUUUGGCACUGGUAAACUCGUUCUGUUUCAAGUGACCUACGAUAAGGAUUGGCACGCCUACGAACUCGUUCCCUUCGUCCUUCUUGGCAUAUUCGGGGGGAUCUAUGGUGCCUAUUUCUCCAAGUUAAACUACAGAUGGAGCAAGAACGUCCGUAACAAGACCUGGCUUGGUGCCCACCCUAUAGCCGAAGUAGCUCUGGUCACUUUAUUGACAACAUGGCUAUGCUUCCUCAACCCAUAUACUCGGAUGGGUGGUACAGAGUUGGUGGCGAACCUCUUCGCCGAAUGCCGUAAAGGAUCGUCAGACUACUCUGACCUAUGCGUAUUGGACGCAAGUACCUUCGCACACAUCUGGCCUGUGAUCAGCGCAAUCCUAGUGGCCUUGGUCGUCAAAGGCACCCUCACGAUCAUUACAUUCGGGAUCAAAGUCCCCGCUGGCAUCUUCAUUCCAACUUUGGGUGUUGGUGCAUGUGCAGGCAGAAUCCUCGGCAUUUUCAUGCAAUACCUGCAAGCCAGACACCCAGAAUCGCGAAUGUUUGCCGCAUGCGGAGGGGACCUUGACUGUGUUGUCCCUGGAUUAUAUGCCAUGGUUGGUGCCGCGGCAGCCUUAUCUGGUGUCACCAGAACGACCGUAUCUUUGGCUGUUAUCAUGUUUGAACUGACUGACACGUUAACUUAUGCCGUGCCUGUUAUGUUGUCUGUGCUUGUCGCUAAAACCAUGGCGGAUGCGCUCGAACCGAAGGGAAUUUAUGACCUCGUUAUCGAGCUUUCGCAACUGCCAUAUCUGGAUACGAAGCACGAGUACCUUUGGGGUCAUUUACAAAUCGGCGAUGCGACUGAUAGAGAUGUCAGCACCAUCAAGCUCGACAAGAAGAAUACCGUAAAGAGCCUGCGAGAUCAGCUGCAAAGUCUGGUCGAUUCGGGUAAUGACGAUAGUGGGUUUCCCAUUUUGAGGGUAGAUCCCCACGAAAAUGGAUGGCGAAUGGUCGGCUAUAUUGGGGCUAACGAGCUCGAACAUGCGCUCAGCCUCGUAGCCGACGACGCUGAUGAGGAGGUCUUCUUCCAUACAAACUAUCCCCAUCACUCAAUGGCCUCUUCGUCGCUCUCUUCGCUGCACGAAGCGGACGAACGAGAGCAAAACAUGUUCGACUUUAGUAUUUACAUGGAUCAAGCUCCCCUCACUUUGACAUCGAACUCUCCGCUUGAGAUGCUUCAGCAGUUCUUUUCCAAACUCGGCGCCCGUUACGUUGUAAUCACCGACAUUGACGGCUACUAUGAAGGUGUCGUCGACAAGAAGACCUGGUUGGCCUUUUUGAGUGACCUCGAAGAAAGAUCAUGA